CAGUGAUGAAAGCCAACUGUCACCUUUGUUGCUGAAGUUCCCUCUUGCCCAACCAAGGGCUGUGCUCACCUCUCUCUCUAACGGAGGGUUUAAAUCUUGGCCCAGAUCAGCCACAGCAUCCAGACUCUUCUGCCAGUUGCACCAGGAACAGCAUCAUGAAAGCCAAGCUCUUACUCCUCUUCUUCCUCAUGGGCCUCCUCACCAUCUGUGUUGAGCUGCCAUCUGCAGCUGGACAAAAAGUGCGUCCUGGACGGUGUCCCCAGGUUAAUGGUCCUGGCACAUGUGCAAUCACCUGCAGGAGCGAUGAGUCUUGCGGCCCUGGGGAAAAGUGUUGUGGUACUGGCUGUGGAUUUGCUUGCAAAAGAGUCAUUGAAGUGCGUCCUGGACGGUGUCCGCGGCCCACUGGAUUUGGGACAUGCGACGAACGCUGUCGCAGUGAUGCCUCUUGUCCACGCGGGCAAAAGUGUUGCAGCAAUGGCUGUGGCCACGCAUGCACGAGAGCCAUUUUUGGGUAACUUGGACUCCAGAGUGGAUGAGCCCCUCCGUGAGACUCCUCACCUUGAACAGGCACCACAGCUGACUUCUCUGGCUUC